UUGAGCUUAAGCCCCUUCUUCUCAUCUUAUUUGAGCUGGUAAUUUUCCACAAAUUCUCAUUCAUCUCAAUCACUGAGUUUGAGGAAAGAGUUACCUUCCUUGUUAAACCCCAUUGGUGUAUAUAACCAAGGUGGACUUCUCAACCUCCUCCUUAGAACACUAAAGCCAUUUGGUCACAUAGUAAGAUGGGUGUCUGAAAAACCAUUUCUUGAGAACUGAGUGUUUACAAGAAAUGUUGAGUUGUUCAGUUUGAAUCAUUAAAAGGGCUGUCCAACCAUUUUGGUUCUUCCCAACUUUCCUGAGCAUUGUACAAAACUACAAAUUAACUGUCACAACUCACAAACAUGUCCGAAGCAAGCAAGUCCUCAGCUUGUGCUGAUGGUGCCAAUAUUGAUCUUGGUGCUAGCUUACUCCUCACAAGCAAGUACACCAAGAUAUGGCGUAAAAGCUUAUACAUAGGAUUCCUCAUCUCUCUGAAGAAGCCAACAACUUCCAGUGGCAGCCAUGAAUCUCCACUUUCUUCAGUACCAUACACAUCAUUGCCUCCAUCGGAGCCUCCUGCUAGAACCUCCUCUGCCAAAUCUUUUGUUGCAAUUGAAAUAGUCUCUGAUGCCGAAGAGGAGAAAGAAGAAGCUGUAGAACAUGAGAGCUCUACUGAUAAUGGGAAUCUUAGUAUCAACAAGACCCCUUUUGCAAUUCAUGGAAGAAGCUUGUCUAGCUUUUUAUUGAAUAGCUGCAAACGCAAUUGUUACACAAUUUUAAUGCUGUUGAUCUCAGCAGGAUUGUCCUUUGCCACAGAGUUCAAGCAGGAGGGAACUAGAUAUGGUUGGCAUGAUGGUGUUGCCAUAGUUUUUGCUGUUUUCCUGCUGAUUGCAUUCUCUUCAAUAGCAAACUUCUGGCGUGAAAGACAAAUUGUGAAAUUGGCAAAGGGAAAGGACAAGUCUGAGAUGCAAAGCGCAAUGAGUUAUAAUCCUGAAAAGAUAGACCUAUUGGAGGGACUAAUUGAGAAGCCAAUUUCUUACAUUGACAAGUCUGCUCUUUUUAUCUCUGUGCUGGUUGCACUUGUGGUGUUCAUUCGCCUAAUUUGUAAAAAAGAUGCGGACAGUGGUGAGUUGCCAGAAAUCAAGGGGAAGGUCACAAUUGGUUUGCUGAUGGAAGCCCUUGAAAGAAUUUUUUGGAGACCACAAGGAAGGAUUUCCAUUUUGACAGGUUUUGUUACUGUUGCCAUACUAUGUGUGCAACAUGGAAUGCCACUUAUGGUUACAAUUUCUCUCAAUUACCAGAUUGAUAAGGUAGAGCAAAACCAUGAUGCAGUUCUUAACGAUUUAUCAGCUUGUACAACAAUGGGGUUGGUAACUGUCAUCUGCAUUGAUGUGUCAGGUGGGCUCAUAUCAAUGGAGGUUAGCAGAAUCUGGAUGGGGGAGAAAGAUAUCAGCAAGGUUGAAGGAUCAGAAAUAGAUCAAACAGUACUUGACUUGCUUAAACAAGGAGUUUCUCUUUCUCACAUGUCCAAUUCACUUAUUUCUUGGCCAGAAAAAACAUUGGAAGUGAACAUGCAAUCUUUCACAGAAAAAUUUGACAUUCUAAAGCAGAAAUUUGACAAAGAGGGCAGCGGAGUUUUGGUGAGAGAAGUUGGUGACAAUAAACAAGUUCUGCACUUGCACUGGAGUGGGGCCGCAUCCACAAUAUUGGAAAUGUGUUCACUAUACUAUGAUAGUAAAGGGGAACGCCAUGCCAUGGAAAAUCAGAAAAUCAAAUUUGGGCAGGUGAUUAAAGAGAUGGAGGAUAGUGGCCUCAAGCCUAUUGCAUUUGCUUAUAGACAACCAAAUGAGGGAGAACUUAAGCAAGAUGAGGGAGAAAUUAAGCAAGAUGAACUGAUCUUGUUAGGACUGAUAGGUAUCAAAGAAGAAUCGACAAAAUUAGAUUUGGAUGAUCUCAGAAAUACUGGAAUAAAGAUCAAAUUGGUCUCGGAGGAUGACAUCAUGGUAGUGAGAGACAAAGCUUGUGAACUAGGACUAGAAGUACCAGAAGAUGUUCUUGUGCUUGAAGGAAAAGAACUUCAAGAUUCGAAUACCAGUGCUAGAUUAGAUAAGGUGGGUAAAGCCCUUGUAAUGGUGAGUUUCAGUCCUGAAGACAAGCUUCUCAUGGUACAAUGCCUGAAACAAAAAGGUGAUGUGGUUGCAUUUGUUGGAAGAAGGUUGAUGACUAGUCAUCCUGCAAUUCUAAAGGUAGCGGAUGUUGGGAUUGUUCAUGAUCCUCUGAGCAGUACAGUGGAUAGAGAGAGUUCCAGUAUAUCUAUCAAAAGUUUCAGUGCAUUGAUGCCAAUUGUGAGGGCUGGCAGAAGUAAAUAUCACAAUAUUCAGAAGUUCAUUCAACUACAGCAGACAUCUAUCAUAUCAGGGUUACUCAUAACCUUGAUUACAACAGUAACUACUGGAAAAUCUCCCCUUACAGCAAUCCAAUUGAUUUGGGUGAAUGUGCUAAUGUGCCUUCUGGGUGGCCUAAUGAUGGUAAUGGAGUUAAAUAGCGCGGAAGAGCUUGCCAAUCCACCAUCUGAUAGGAAUCAGCCAAUUAUAACCAAAGAAAUCUGGAAGAACAUAGUUAUUCAGGUCUUAUAUCAGGCUUCUGUAUCCAUGAUACUUGAAUUUGGGGGACAAGUUACUGGGAGCGAAAAAGAAGUUAGGAAAACCAUGAUCUUCAACACAUUCCUAUUGUGCCAGCUCUUCAAUCAGCUCAACACCAUGCAAAUGUUGAAAACGGAAGUUUUGAAGGUUGUUCUUCAGAGCUACUGUUUCUUGGUGGCUUUAGGUUUUUGUUUUCUUGUGCAGGUGCUGGUGAUUGAGUAUUUAAAAGGCCUAGCAAAUUGCAUGCGGCUGAAUGCUACUCAAUGGGCUAUCUGUGUCCUGGUUGGUGCUCUUUCAUGGGUGUUUGAAUUGGCCCUGAAGAUUCUUCUAUAUAUUCUCAGCACUAAUUCUGCUUCAGAACCAAAUACUUUUCCCUUUGUACUCUCCAGUCAUCCACCUUGGUUCUAUGUUUCUCGGGGUUUUCCAAUUCUGAUGCUCCUUUUGUUCCCUGUAGGACUAAUAUUUAACCAAAUGGGCAUGACAUUUCGUUUGUGGCAGAUCAACUAGACACGCAUUGGGAAUAUCGGGGGAACUCUACUAGAUAGGUAGUCUCUUGUAGGGGGAGCUAGAGGGUAAAUCUUUUCUGGGUAUUCUUUUAUUUGUAUUCUAAUUUUCUGAAGUCCGUAACUCGAGUCAUGUAAUCUCUAAUUCCUUAAUGUUGCAGUUAAUAGUUGUUUGU